AACUCCGAGCCCGAUUUUCCCAGGGGCAGUCGGUCCUCUGCCGGUGAAGUGCGCAGGCCUUUGCUGCCGCGUCUGUGUUCGGAAGCGAAGCUCGUCCGCUUGUGGUGCCGGCUGGAGAAGGAGAGGGACGUUUGUUUGCUGCCCGGCGCCGGGAUGUGUGUGAACCUGGUGUCCGCUUUCUUGUGCUGCUCGGCUGCCGCGAUCCUCCUGCUGAAUUGGCACAGGAGGAGGACCGUCCGAGGGAAGAUGAAAGAGGCAAAGUGGAGGCGAGAGCGUGCUCUGGAGCAAAUGGAAAAGGCUGUUCGCAAGUACAAAGAGCAGAAUUCAGGCUACCAACCAGCACCAAUAUUGUCUUUCACCUUGCCUCAGCUGUGUGGGAAACUCAGGGAUGGCUCACUCUCACCUGAGAGUGUGUUCUACGCCUACAUGGACAAGGCCCUGGAUGUGACUAGAAAGGUCAACUGUGUGACUGAUUAUCUGGAAGAUAGUGAAUCCCAGCUUCUGCAUAUGAAAAGCCAGGGGAAGAAGGGCUUGCUCUAUGGUGUUCCCAUCAGCAUAAAGGAUUCCAUUGAUUGCAAGGGCCAUGACUCCACCCUGGGCUUAGUGAAGCGUCUCCAUAAACCAGCAGCAGCAGAUGCUGUUGUAGUCCAGGUCUUAAAACAACAAGGAGCAAUUCCGUUUGUCAAAACCAACGUUCCUCAAUCUCUGCUGAACUAUGACUGCAGCAAUCUUAUGUUUGGGCAGACAGUGCAUCCGAUGGAUCAUACAAAAACCCCAGGCGGUUCUUCAGGAGGAGAAGGUGCCCUUAUUAAAAGUGGAGGAUCUAUCCUUGGCAUUGGCACAGAUGUAGGAGGGAGCCUCCGCAUUCCUGCUGCUUUCUGUGGAAUUUGUGGAUUCAAAGCCACAGGCAACAGAAUCAGCAAAAGAGGAAUUAUACCCAGCAUUCGUGGGCAAAAAUCAGCUAGUGCAGGAGUGGGACCCAUGUCCAAGGAUGUUGACAGCCUUGUUCUAUGCCUAAGAGCCCUCCUGUGUGACAAAAUGUUCCAGCUGGACCCCACAGUGGCUCCUCUUCCCUUUAAUGAGGAGAUGUAUUCCAGCUCUCAGCCACUCCGCAUAGGAUACUAUACCACUGAUUCCUUUACCAUGCCAAGCCCUUCCAUGAGGCGGGCUGUUCUGGAAACCAAGCAGCUUUUGGAGAAGGCUGGCCACAUGCUGGUGCCCUUCAAGCCCUUACAUAUGGAUCAUUUUAUGUCCACCAUUGUUCCAGCGGGGUUGUUUGCAGAUGGUGGUGCCACCUUCUUAGAAAGUUUCCAAGGGGAGUCUGAGGAUCCCAACAUAAAGGAAUUGUUGCUUAUGGCAAAGUUACCUGGUUGGUUAAGACAUUUCCUCUCCUGGAUCAUCAGAUCAAUAAGUCCUCGCAUGUCAAAAGUCCUAAGAAGCAUGAAGGAGAAGUCUGUCAAUCAGCUUUGGAAACUUCACAUCGAAAUUGAGGAAUACUGCCGUGAAUUCAUUGCUGAAUGGAAGAGGCUCAGUCUGGAUGUGGUGCUUUGUCCUGCGCUGGGUCCUGCUUUUAAGACUGGUUUUCCAGGGAAAUUAUCAGUGGGAGCAAGCUACACUAUCUUAUAUAACUACUUGGACUUCCCUGCUGGAGUGGUGCCGGUCACAACAGUAACAGGAAAGGAUGAGGAGGAUUUGAAAACUUUCAGAGGCCAUUACAACGAUAUAUGGGACAGGACCUUUGUGAAGGCAGUAGAAGGAGCAGUAGGGCUCCCUGUGGCUGUCCAGUGUGUGGCUUUGCCUUGGCAGGAUGAGCUGUGCCUCCGGUUCAUGAAGGAGGUGGAGAAGCUGACCUGGGAAAAACAAAGAAAACAUUGAAUGUGAUGUUGCAUAAAGUAGGACUCUGAGAUCUGGUACUAUCUUUGAUUAAAUAACUUAAGUGCUUCUCUGUCUAGUGACCAGUGAAAAUGCAGCAACAGUCACAUGGUUGCUUGUCCCUCUGUGAAUGCUUUAUACAAAGGAUCCUUGCAACCUGUGCAGCUGCAUCUGUUGUACUGACUUGGCCCCAAAUGAUGAGUCAAGGAAUUAUUGCCUAUUUCUAGCAGAAACCGAGGGAUGAAAUUCUGAAUGGAGUGAAAAGAAUGUAAGAAUGCUUGCUUCACCCCCCACCCAAGAAUAUGUAAAACCAGAGCCAAGUCAUUGGUGUGCAGCGAACAGGGUACAAAGGGUGGUUAAUAAGUCACUCAGCAACAGGGGAGUGGGUUAAUAUUCCAGAUUCCCAAGUUUACCAGUGAGCUUCAGGUAAGACAUGAGCAUCUGUUAGCCUCAGUUAAGGGUCUGCCUUCCUUUGCUUUGUUGGCAAAGGUCACUUGCAUAACCCUAAUUGGCUUUAUUAUUGGCUAACAUAUCUUGAUUAAUUCUGUUUCAUAAAGACAAAUAUUUUUAUUCAGAUAGUGAAAUAACAAUGGUUUUAUAAAUGUGUGACCUUUUCUAAAAUUAUGCAAUGGACUUUGUUCUGUUUGUAAAUUGGUAUCAUUUAAAAUAUGUAUCAUAUAAAAUAUG